CUCAUAUAUAUAUAUCCUCAUUUAUGUCCCAAUUUCAAACAUACAUUCCCAAAAACAACUAACUACAUAUUCCUUAAGAUUUCCUAUAAUGUUGCUGCAGCAGCUAUCUGUUCUUGCUCUACUUCUCUUGCUAUGUCCUGUUUGGGCUGAAAAUUUCUACCAAGAUGCAACGGUUACCUUUGGUGAUCAGCGCGCUCAGAUACAAGAUGGUGGGCGCCUUCUCGCCUUGUCCCUUGACAAAAUUUCAGGUUCAGGAUUUCAGUCUAAGAACGAAUAUUUAUUCGGAAGGUUCGAUAUGCAGCUCAAACUAGUACCUGGAAAUUCUGCUGGCACUGUCACUACCUUCUAUUUAUCUUCUCAAGGAGCAGGGCACGACGAAAUUGAUUUUGAGUUUCUGGGAAAUUCAUCAGGCCAACCGUACACGGUUCAUACUAAUGUCUACUCUCAAGGAAAAGGCAACAAAGAGCAACAGUUUCGCCUAUGGUUUGAUCCCACCUCAUCGUUCCACACCUACUCUAUUGUUUGGAACUCUCAACGCAUCAUAUUUUUGGUGGAUAAUAUCCCAAUAAGAGUAUUCAACAACCACGAAAAGCUUGGUGUUGCAUUCCCAAAGAACCAAGCAAUGAGAGUUUAUGCCAGUUUAUGGAAUGCUGAUGACUGGGCAACACAAGGAGGGCGAGUGAAGACGGAUUGGUCAAUGGCUCCGUUUACAGCUUCUUACAGGAAUUUCAACACAAAUGCUUGUGUUUGGUCAGCUGCAUCGCCUACUUCGUCCUGUGGAGGCUCUAAGACUAAUUCAGUAAACAAUGAUCAGGCAUGGCAAACUCAAGAACUGAACGGUAAUGACAGAAAUAGGCUUCGAUGGGUUCAGCAGAAAUACAUGAUCUACAAUUACUGUGCUGAUGCUAAAAGGUUCUCUCAAGGCCUUUCUCCUGAAUGCAAACAUUCAAGGUUCUAAAGGAUCAAAUCUAUGAAUGUUGUCUGUAAUAUUAUCUUGGUUUUCUUUUCUAUUCUUUAAUUUGUUCUGGGAUAUCAGGGGAAAAAAACAUUGUGUAAUUAUUUGAGCAAGCAAUAUAUUCUUUAUUCUUUUUGUAAUCGUGAAAUAGAAAUAACGAUGAAUCGUUUUCCUGCCAA